AUGCCCUCCCUCCCAUUCUCGGACCGCAUCUCGUCCGCGGCGAACAUGCAGCGCCGCAACGACAACGGCGAAGAGGAGUCCCUCCUCGGACGAGGCCAGCAAAAGGUCCGGCGUUUUUGGGAUGGCUUCAUCGACUUUGCCCUGCAGGGCAACAUCCUCGAGAUCGCCUUUGGCUUGAUCAUCGCGGCCGCCUUCACGACCCUCGUCAACAACUUUGUGCAGAAUAUCAUCAUGCCGCCCAUCUCUGUCAUCUUCCCACUGAACCGCAACAUGGAAGAAAAGUUUGCAGUCUUACAGGGCGGGCCAAACUACUCCCACGACAAUAAAUAUACGACUCUCGAACGUGCCAAGGAUGACGGUGCCGUCGUCCUAGCUUACGGCUCGUUCCUGAACCAACUCGUCUCCUUCCUCUGCGUCGGCAUCUCGCUCUACGGACUGGCCCACAUCUUCCAGUUCUUCUCCCGAGAGCCGAUUAUUAAGCAUACCGUUAAGUGCAAGUACUGCCGCAAGCGGAUCAGCAAUAAGGCGCAACGAUGCGUCAACUGCACUAGCUGGCAGGACGGCCGUGAGGAUCAUACUCACCAAUAA